GGUGACCAAAAGAGCAAGGAAAUAGUGAAAAAAGCUGUAUAUUUUAUACCUUUAACUGUCUUGUUCAACCAAGUAAAGGUAAAUCUCAACAUGUAAGUUGAUAAAGUGAAAAUGUAAGUAUACUCAUCACUGCUAGUACUGCGGAGGUAAACGAUGUUGCGGUCCUGCGUGACGUGGUGGCUUCUGCUGGUCGCCUCGUUUGCGGGACCUCGACGCCGGCGUGACUAUGGAGUCGUGCGUCGAUCUUCCACCCGAAUGCUGCUGUUUGCGAGUGCGGGUGCGUCGUCACUCCUUCUUUCGGCAGUCUUCCCAGCGUUUCUUUUUCUUGCCGCAGUGGCGGUCGUUUACGAAGAGAAGCGAAAAACGGAAAAGCAGAUUCUGCAGAACAGAAAUGAAUUCGGUUGGGACACCUCCUCGUUGGAGGAGCAGAUUCAACAUGCUGUCCAUGAGAUCCAGGAGUUGUUUCACCAAGAUGAUAACGAUCUUCAACAUGUAAACCCCGCUCUCUGGGCGUGGGAACAUGACGGAACCGACCCUGGCGAGGCGCUGGACCACGAGCAGGGCAUGACCUUUGACGACUACUGGGACGAGCGCGAAGAGAGUGCAGCUCACGCAUUGGGCGACAAGUACUUAUGAAUAAAAGGAAAUAGUUUAUUGCAAGAGAGCAAGUUUAUAUCCUCUUUUUAGUUUUAGUUUUACCGGCGUUCUUUUGGUAUGCAAGUGUAGAGGUUCGCCUUUUCGGUAUGUUAUUUAGCUUGUUUUGCUUUUUUUUCUGAUCUUUGCGAACGAUAUUAUGCUAACGCAGGUGGGACGAGAUGGACGAGUCCGAGCAGCGCGCGUAUAUCUACGAAGACAUCGACGCUGAUGGCUACCAUACCCAAAAAGAUGUAGAUGUACUCGAAGAGAACCGAGACACCUUCGAAGGGAAGUUAGAAGACCCGGAACAACACGUGCCCACUGGCCAGGAAGAUGGCGGAGAUACAAAUGCAGCACAUGAUCAUCAGGAGGCAACAGCAAAUUCCGGUGCGGACUCAACAGCGGAGGGCAACGACCAUCAUCUUCACAGUCAGGAACAAGCAGCUGCAACCCCCGAAGCCGCACAGGACCACCACGCCCACGAAAGCGUACAUGAGCAUGAGCGAGAGCAGGGGGAUGAUGCAGAAGCUCAUGAAGAAGAUGGUGGGGACGAUGGGCAGCGCGAUCAUCCAAAUGAAGGUGGUGCCGAGUCCAACGACAAGGAGGAGGAAACUACAAAGAUUGCUACCUCUACUUCUAGUCCUGCCGACCACCCGGCCACUAAACCGCCUGGCGACAGUGAGGGUGACGCUACUACAGCUAUUCCAAGUCCAACUGAGACUGACCACGAGGAGGUUCAGGAACAAGGUCAUGCUGAGAAAGGUGUUCCUGAUGAGCGAGGACCUACACAGCAGGAACAGGCUCAAGUAGAACAGCAAGACGAAGACCGUGAUGAUCGUGAUCAAGAUGAAAGAGAAGACACUUCUUCAUCUGGAAAGGCGACGACAGAGGGGCGUACUGCAGAGGAAGAAACUACUGAGAAGGUGGACGAGCACGCAGAUGAAACUAAACAAGACGGCGAGGGCGGCCCCGAAAAGCAGGAGGAUGGCAGCGCGACAUCAUCUUCAAAAGGCAAAGAAGAGGAAAAGGACGACGACGAGCCUCCGAAUGCCGGCACGUUCUGGAACAACCUUCCCGAGUACAUGAAAAAAAGACAGGAAGGUAUCAAAAUAGAGGAACUACGCGAUCUGGCGAAAGACGACCCAGCUUUAUGGAAGCCGUUCGAUCCAGCUCCCGACGGUACCGUGCAUGCUUUUUUCCUUCCGUCAACAUGAUUGGAGGAGGACGUGCAGGCGCACUGACUUCUUGCUCCCAACAAACCUAAGAAUGUCGCGCACGCUAUUAUAGGGCCUAACUGAAAAUCAGGUGGCGUUGCAUGUAGUUCCUAAAUACGAGAUGCAAGAACAGGUGCUGUAGCGUUCUAGGGCCUGAACUGAAAAUUUUUCUAACUCAACUAUGUUGCGACCUCAUGUUGGAGUCGAGACAUUGAGGUGGAGCACUAUGAUUUUUAGCAUGAAAGUCACGUAGCACUGCUUACAGCUUGGGCCCCUGUUAAAUAAGCGGCCGCGUAAGCUCUUUGUAAUUGGUGCGUAUUUCGCGUCUCGGAUAAUUUCACGAACAGUGCAGUGCACACCCUGAAACUUUCCCCAGGGUCGCAAUAUUUGGCAGCUUUCGCGCCCGCCGGUCGCAAGAACAAAAGCGGGCCAGCGAUCCAUCGUGGGUUGGCGCAGCUUUUGUGGCAGCGCCUUUUCCGCGGAUCAAACGGGCGCGCGAACGCGAUCGCGUGGGCGACGCCUCUGGCACUCCGGGCCGGGUUGGGGAGGAGGUGGGAGGACGGCGGGCUAAGCCGCUCCGAGAACGCGUUCUCGAGCCGAUUUGGCCGGGGGGCGCAGGCGUUCUCGAGCCGAUUUGGUCGCUCGCGGAUGGGCCAGAGGUCGGAGCGGCCGAAGUCGGCCCGGAGUGGCGGUUUGGUCGGGAAGCGAUGGGGCCCGGCACGCCGGGCCGGGUUGGGGACGAGGCGGGAGGGCGGCGGGCCAGGUCGGAUGGGCGGCUGGCUCUGGCACUUCGGGCCGGGUUGGAGAGGGCGACCAAAUCGGCGUGAGGUCGCGUUCUCGAGCCGGUUUGGUGGGGCUGCUGACCAAAUCGUCUCGAGAUCGCGGUCUCGCGCCGAUUUGGUCGCCCGCGGGUGGAUGCCCCAGGACGGGUUGGGGAGGGCGACCAAAUCGGCGCGAGACCGCGACUUGGUGAGGCUGCUGGCCAAAUCGUCUCGAGAUCGCGGUCUCGAACCGAUUUGGUCCAACUUUGGUGAGGCUCCUGACCAAAUCGGCCCGAGAUCGCGGCCUCGAGCCGAUUUGGUCGGCCGCGGUUGGACGGGCUGGAGAGGCCGAUGACCAAAUCGCCCCGAGAUCGCGGUCUCGAGCCGAUUUGGUCGGCCGCGGGUGGACGGGUUGGAGAGGCCGCUGACCAAAUCGUCCCGAGAUCGCGAUCUCGGGCCGAUUUGGUCGGCCGCGGAUGGACGGGGUGGAGAGGCCGCUGACCAAAUCGUCCCGAGAUCGCGAUCUCGGGCCGAUUUGGUCGGCCGUUGUAGUCGAGACGUUGAGGUGGAGCACUAUGAUUUUUAGCAUGAAAGUCACGUAGCGCUCGUCCACGAAUUUCUACUCGAAUGCCCGCGCAAGGGAUCGAUGGGACUAAACAUGGGAAUGCUAUUAACUUUCCAAGUUAUAUUUACAGUAGAAAAUGUUCAGUACAUGGAUGUAGACGUACAACUGCUAAUGUGCUUUCUGCGUGAUUCUUUCGAUCCUAUUCAUGGAGCGUCACAAGUUGUGGCCUGCUUCAUGAUGUCAACACGUUUGAGAUGCAAUUUUCUCGUUAUAAUCUACGAUAUUAUGGGCAAUAUCCUGCUCCCAAAAAUCUAAUUUUCAGGAACCUCUCCUCUUGACGUGGACCACGACGGAUUCGUAACGCGCGAUAUCCUACAGAAAAGUUCACCUAUAUACCAGAGGAAAACCAAGACUGACAAUUCUCCCUCAUGCUAUAAAAAUCCAGAAAGUUGUAGGUCAGUUGGAACGACAGAAGCAUGAAUAUGACAGAGGGGCCCAAAAAAAUUUGUCACGCUGCACAGCCUCCUUUUUGUUUUACUGUAGUUUUUGUGCUGACAGAAAGCAUUGUUACAAUCCAUUAUUCAGGCAGCAUUUUUAAAUUUUCCGGUACGGUUGUGCUUUUCUGUAGGAUACAGAAGGAACUGGAAAAGACCGACCUGACCGGACAGUGGAUGAACGAGUACUUCGUAGACCACCCGAAUAAUGAAGAUCACCAGCUCAUUACUCUGAGUAAAAACGUCCCCACCAGCCCAGAAUCGAGAACCAACAGAAAUCGGAAUUUCUUUGGUUGACAAAUCAGCAAGGUCUGGCUGUUGCGCAUGACAAGUUAGUUUGGAGUCUCGUAGCCUAAUUAGGAUAAUCUAGCGCCGCACCGGCGACCCCGCCGCAUCACAAAAAAUCGAUUCUCUUUUCCUCUUUUCCUGAUUCUUGUAGCAUGACAGAUACCAGCAACCCAAUUAUACAUACAAAAUGGCUCGUGUGAGGCUGUAGCUGUACUCGGGCUGCGCAUGAGAUACAUUUCAGGCAUGCAGAUUUGUAUAGGAGAUAUCAAUCUAUGGCUAUGAUUGUGAUUGAUGUGCAGAAGGAGAUUUUUUUCGGCAGGCGGAUGCAGAUUUGCUUUUGCAUGCCAGAUUGUUUUAGGGUGGGGACGUUUUUACACAGGAUUCUUGUCCCGGAUGAAGAGCAAAAGAUGCUGCAGGAAAAGUUUGGUGCGGACUCCAAUGGUGAGUUUUCUGACUCGCAGAAGAAGGAUAUUCCCUGAAAAUUAACCACCCCCAUCAUGACAAAAGACGAAUAAACAAAUUUUGUUUAUUGCAAGACAAAUUUCACAUUCAUGUAUGAGGAUGGUUGAUUUUCAGAGAAUAGAGGACGUCGUGGACUACCUGAUCACCCGCCAUACCAUAGUCGAGCCCAUUAUGGCAGUGCCAGGAUCAAAAUCGACAAAGCUGAAACCAUUUGCAAUUCACAAAAUGGACUCCAGGUGGUGGACCCACAGCCACGAUUUCUGUCUGCGCAUGAUGAGAAGUUUUCCCGGUGCUGGGAGCCAGUCUCGUAUCAUGCUGCAUAGGGCAAAGAAGCUUGCUCGCCCUUCUGUCAUGCUAGUCAGCGUCAGCCGCCCAAAUAUUAUGAUUUGCCCUUAUUUCAUCUUCGAAGCAUACUACAAUUGGCCUCCCGUGGUGCGUCCUCUGUAAUAUUAGAGUCAGUCCUUGCAGCCCUUGCGACGUCGUAUUUUAUGCGUGACGUGUUCAACAUCUUUGUUGAUAUCAAUAUGGCGUUCUCAACUGUUACAUUCUCAGCUGUUACAUGAUUUGUCAUGCAAAUUUACCACCAGGAUCGCGUUGAUUAAGCUGUUCCGCAUGACAAAUAUCCGAAGGGCCAAACAGCAUCUAAGUCUGUGCCAAAUCUGUAAUGCAAAAGGCGCAACUUUCCCCCUUUCACUUUCGCUGUUCUUGCAUUACAAAUUCAUGUAACAGCUGAGAAUGUAACGUUUGAGAACCCCAUAAUCAAGCCUGACGCUUCCAUACCCACGGUUUACGACGACAAGAAGGAGCUGCUAACCGCCGACGGGUCCGAAAUCGACCCGAAAAAGGUGUGGGACGUGUACGAUAAUCACGACCAGGACCACGAUGGGCAGUUUGACGCCGGGCUUGCGGGAGAGUAUCAGAAGGCGGCGGCAAAAAUUUUGGGCGACGAAGGGAAGCUGCAGGACGGGUUGACUCCCGACGAGGUGCGCAGGUUGGCGGACGAAAAUCCCACCGUCUUCGGAGAUCUGGCGAACGGGGAAGCGGGCAAAGCGCUCCUUGCGGACGGAGGCGACCCGCCGAACACCAUCACGCCGGACGAGUUCCAGAGCUACUAUCAGAACGAGGGCGGCUGGGGCGAGGGCGAUACCACAGACAUAAACGAGAAGACACGGAUCCUGGACAAGAUCGACGAUCUAUGACAGUGCACAACUCCUCCUCCCCCUGGUUUGUCACGCAAACAGUGCUAAGAGGCACAGGUAGGAUUCCAGCCUUUGCCUCUUGGCACUGUUUGCGUGACAAGUUCUGGUAGCCUAGAUAGCACUACCAUCCAGUAGACAUUUGUCAUGCCAAACCGGCACUGUUGCUGAUCUGAACCAGCACCUGAUGCUUGUAUUGCCGUUCCUGCUAAUAUACAAAUGAGGGGGAGGUGGAGUUGUGCACUGUCAUACGAUCCCGAGAAACGGUUCCAAUUUGUGCAGUUUUUGAAGGAGGGACGGGAAACCUUCAAGCCAAAUUUUGACGUCGUCCCACUGGAAACGAAGAUUGACUUGUUUGACGCCGACGGUAUCCCAGUGGAGAAAAUGAAAGCUAGCACCAGGGGGGCACAUUUAUUGUAUGUGCCUCCAAACUAAAUACGGAAAAAACACAGAAUGGCCAGGCAGCCUGGUCAACAAUAUGGCGCUGAGUCAGCUACGCAAAAGAGACAGAUAGAUAUACUUUUUUUUCGAUUGCGCAUAUCCGCUGGCCUGCUAGUUGUAGCCUUUUUCUCUGCGAUAGACGAGAACCACGACGGGCACUGGAGUGAAACGGAAUUGCGCGACCAUCAGAACGCAUUGCUCGCCGCAGCUCCUGGUUCAUCAGAACAAGACUUCGACAACGAGGAGACUCUGAAAGCGGCAGUUGGGCGGUAUGAUGACCUCAUGUUCAAUAUCCUGAGCAAAAACGUCCCCACUCCAUAGUCAAGAUGGGAAAUUUGCUAGACACAUCAGCCAACUUUGGGUGUUGCGCAUGACAAGUUGUUUGGCCUCGUAAGGUAAUCGCGUUCCUAGCAAGUUCAGCAGCGUCACAGAUCUAGUAUAUAAUGCUGACUGGAGCAUGACGAUGUUGGCAAGUUCCAAAACACGACUAGAAAAUGCUUCUCAUGCUGCAUGGGGCUCAGCAUGAGAAACAUUUUCAGCAUGCAGAUUUGCAUUUUUAAUGCAAAUCUGCAUGCUGAAAAUGUCUCCGCCCCAUAAUUGUAAUACAAGUAUGGGGUGGAGACGUUUUUUCUUGGGAUAUUCGAGUAUGAACGAAAACCACUCGGCAUGGUAACCAGCUGGAAGCACCACAAUUCCGCGGUAGAAGGUGACGUGGGUUCGACUAAUAUCAACUUCAAUGACGGCAUUGACGAGAAUAUCCAAGGAAGAAAGUGUUACAGUCAUACAUUUGUAGCGAAUUGUUCAGCAUGACUAAUUGUAAUUUGCCUCGCAUGACGGAGAAAACUAAAACUUGUAAUGCAGAGCAGAUCCUAAGGCAAAAGAAAACACAGACACCCACGAAACGAGACUCGCAAGCAUUUUGCGCAUGACAGAAAUCGUCUGCCUUGAAGAUGCUGGUCUUGCAACACAAUAACUGUAACACUUUUUUCUUUUCAUAAAGAAGGAGCUGGACAUACUGAAAAGCAAGGGAACCCCGGAAGAUCAGCAGUACUGGGCCAUGAUUGGGGGAUACAUUGAACGAGAGGGCGGGGGCAUGGACCAGGACGGCCUCGACGAUGAUGAUAUGAACAAGCUCACGGCGGUAUCGUAAGGAAAAAUCCCCCCUCCCCAUUUCGAGAAGGAAAUUUGUGAUGCUGAUUUGUGACGACCACAAAUCAGCUUUGUCUUGCGUACAAGGCAACCGGCACCCAUGUGGCGCAUUGUACAGCGAGCGUUUUCGCCUAUGGCAGACUUGUUUGCCAUGCUCAGCUGCUAGCCGGAUGCGUACGCAAAUGGGCUGAGAAUAUUUAUCAUGCCGGAAAGCUCUUGCUGCAAUACAGAGCUCAUUUGUGAUGUACCUACAGGUACACAAAUCCAGCAACACAAAUUGUCUUUUGGGUAUGGGGUGGGGCGUGGGGGCGUUUCUCCUGUUGAUAGGCGGACAUGGGGGAGAAACUGAAACACGCAAACGAAAUACUGACCCCCGAGGAACACGAAUACUUCAACGGGCUGCGGGACGCCGAUGGGCAGCUCUCGCAUGAGGAGAUGAUGAUGAUCCAAAACCAAGUGCUGAAUAACGGAGACAUGGACGCAGCGUACCGGCAUAACAACUUCGAUUUAGGGACCGUUUCCGCGUGGACCAGCGACCUCACCGUCGCAGAGAAAACAGAACUGAUGAAUGCAGACAAGGACUUUGACGGGGUCCUGAGUCCCAAGGAGAUGGAAGGUACGGUAUCCAAGAAAAAAACAUUGUAGGUGUAACUUUUUUGCAGGAACAGCAUUACAAAUGUGUGUGGCAUGACAGCAAAAACCUGUCAUGCGCAGAUAGUACGUGAAUGUGAAAACGCACUUUAAUGGACCCUACGAUGCAUGCCAAGCAUGACAGACGCAAGCAUCUUGCAUGUUGAGCAUCACAAGUUUACACGUAACAACGUUUUUUUCUAUCUUGCAUAUACGGAGUACUUCGAGCAUUACAAGCAUCUUCAUGAGCAUGCGACCGCGCAAGGGGCGAUCGACAAUCUCAAGCAUGGGCACCUCACGAUGCUGGGCACGGGGAUAAAAAACGGGUUGAUUGUUUCCGCCGGCGCGAGUGGUGUCGGCCUCGCGGCAACUGCAGGGGGUUUUCUUCUUAACGGCCGCAUGAUCGGGCAGAAGAAAAACAGCGGUCAGAUGCGCAAGAAGACUUCCAGCGACAAUAAUAAAGAUCUGGGGCCGAUCUUCCGCGACGAGAAAGUUGAAGAUGUUGUUCCCGCCACGGCACAAGCCCAAGCCGUUGUUGAUACGGAAGAAGCAGCCAGAAGUUCGGUCCGUCCCACCGACUCGUUCGCAGGAGGAGCUUAUCCUGUGCAAAAGUAUCGUGCUCGUAGUAAAAAUAGCAAUAAUAAAUCUCUUUCAUCUCGAGGUAGAGAAAUUUCAUUUCUAAUGCUGAACAAAUUUGUAUUAUGCGACUCUCCGAACCCCGAUUACAGUGGGGGGAAGAGUUAGCAGGCAGUGUCAUCCCGGGCGUCCGUUCCACCGCAGACGUGAAUGUGAGGGACCGUGCAAAGGAGGAAUUGCACAUUUGAGCAAGGACCUGGGGGUUGUAUCUCCAACUGCAAACACGCAACCCAAUGAGUUCAAAUCCAGCGGGCGCAUGCUAAACGAACACAAGAGGAAGAACGAAGUUUUGAGGACGACGAGAAAAGCAGAAGCCAUAGCCAUCCUUCUACGUCGUUAUUAAGACUUUUAUAUGCCUUUUGUCAGUAAUUUUUAUAAAAAAAAAAAAAAAUUUGUAUUAUGCGACUAUUACUGGUGCGAUGCUUUUGCAUUUCAUAGAGCUGCAGCUGGUACUACACGACCAAGUGUCGACAGCGCGACGACGACCACUGCUGCCGAUACAACAAGUGCAUCUACCUCACCGGAUGCGGACGCGGCUCUGGCGGCCUUGACUCCGCAAGACGCCGCCGCGGCGACUUCUUCUGCGGAACAUCGAGAGGCUGAGCUGGUGGAACAAGAGGACGAAAAGGAACAGCUGCAGCUGCAACCAGCACCAGUGAAAAUCCCACCUCCCGCAGUGGGGGUUGCAGGAGAAGCACAUGUGUUCAACACCACUGCUGACGAACCGGAACCAACGUCGAUGAUUCCAGAUGAAGAUGAAGCUGUGGCUGUAGUUUCUCCAGCGCGCGAACAAUUGAAAGUCGAUGAUGAAGUUGUGCCUGCUAGUACAGCAGCUACAUCAGCAGCAGGACAGGGACCAAACGUCGAGCAGUUGAAAAUGGAGGCUUCGGCAACUGGUGUGACCCCGACCCAGGUGGAAGUUCCCAGCAACACAGGUGCAGCCCCGCCGACUGUGACCCUGACAACGCAGGUGCCCGGCGUGGCAGCAGCUGCAGCAGCGCCGCAAGAUCUUCCUGUUGAAAGUGUGCGGGGGUCGAUGGAGGACGAGGUUGCGGCGUUGCGCGAGAAAGAACACAGACAGCAGGAAGUGCAGCACGAGCUUGAAGUCGCCCGAUCGAUCUCAGGGGCCGGGGAAACCGAAACCUCCGAAAGAAUGACGCGGCGCGAGGAAGAAGAAGCAAUCGCUCCUGAAGAUGUUCUGGUCGAGGAUGAGCACAUGGUACAAGAAAAGCCCGAAGCGGGGAUGAAGGGCUUGUCGACGAUGAUAAGUGAUGAAAAGGACAGCACCAGCACAUCUCCACCCGAACAAGAUGUUACCUUUGCAGCAGACAUGACAGGUGGUCUGCCGCCUCCUGUCGCUGCUGCUGCUGCCGGAGAGUCGUCCGAGGAGCAGGAAAUAAACCAGCUAGUGCAGCAACCGGAAGCCGGUACGACCCUGGCCAAAAGCUCACCAUCGUCCAUCUCGCCGUUAUCGGGGGCCGACGAGGAAACGAUUCCACACCGCGCAGCGGACACGACACCCGCAUUCCAGCAAGCCGGGGAAGGGGCAACUUUGACAGAGCAAAGUACUUCUACUUCUUCUACUGGCAGUGCAGGCGAGGAGCAGCAGCAGCUUGAAGGUGGUCGAGUUGUUCCUGGUGGUCGUGUUGCUGCUCAUGAACAAUCUUCACAACCGCCUACGCCUUUCAGUGCGGAGCCCCUCGACGUGGCGUCAGACGUGAAACAACCGCAAACAACAGGCGCAGGAGGAGACUCAGGUGGACAUGGAGAAACCGACGCAGAUGCUGAAGAAACGCCAAUGCCUUCCAGUCCCGAACACAAUGAUGAACCAGCUCCACCUGCUCCAGCUGCCGUGAACCACAGCAAACCGCGGCUCCGUGGGACACUGCAAGCCCAAGCACAACAGCAGAUGGCCGAGUCCCCCGACGAGAGAAGUGCAAGUACAUCUUCUUCGACAAUGGAUAGAACAGGAAGUGUUGAUGAUGUUAAUGAUCCAGAGCCUAAGCGUGCUGAAGCGCUGGACGGCGCAGGGCCACAGCAGUACCCAGGACUAGAGUACAGCCCUGAAGAUCCCGCUAGCGCGCCACUGGAACAUCGUGAGGUCGUGCCGACAGCACCUGCUGCCAGUGCAGCUUCUUUGCCCACCCCACGGCUGCGUGGGUCGCUCAACUCUGCUCCCAAGAUGAUGCCCGUGGAGGACCAUCGCAGCAGUGAAACGGUCCAGGAAGGAGCUGCGCUGCAGCCAAGAGGCGAAAUGAAUCCCAUCAUACCAGGUGGACACUACGACGGGAUCGGCGGGCGAACAGAAACUAGUACCGGCGAAACUGCACCGAGACCACAAGCACUCCCUCCGGAUACACCACCUGAGCGAGGUUCCGGCUCCGAUUUUGAUUCAUUUCCAGAACAAAAAUCCUCAUCGUCCGUGUCUCAGGACGGCGCCGCGCCGCGUCCGAACCCCGAGCAAAAGCUUGCAGCGAUAACGAGCGCGAAUGCCGCGGCAGCCGCGCAGAUGGAUCCCCGGGUUCGGGCUCAGAUGCUCGCGAUGGCACACGCCAGAGCCGGCGCUGCUGGUGCCGGUGCUGGACCGCAAAUGGAUCCGGCGCAGGCUUUUGCUUUGAGCAUGCGUGGCGCUCCUCGAGCCGGCGCAAGUACUGCAGGAGACCUCACAGCCGGUGCACCAGGGAUGAUUCCACGCGGCAAUAAAUCGCCACUGGAUGCGGACGAUGCGAAACUACUUGCGUUGCAGCAGCAGCGCCAAGAACUCAUGGUCAGAAUGAUGGCCGCAAAAGCUGCCGCUGCGCCAGCAAGAAGUGGUGCUGCGUCUUCGUCGAGUGCUGAGCCUGAGGCAGGAGAAGCCGCAGUAGAGCCAAGUAGUUUCUUGCAAGCGUCGUUUUCGCACGAUAGCACCGUUGUGGAACAAACAACAACAAACCCGCCAGGCGAGGACAGCAUCCUCACGAAAGCAGCCCGCGUUGACGAGAACCGUUUUUCUAACACUAUCACUAUCAUGACCAACGAGACGAACUACACGACGCAGACACUGCACGGGAAAUCGGGAGCCUCAAAAUCAUCCGCAUCGAGUGAACAAGCUAAAGUCGCGCCGCGCACGAACGGUGUCCCUUCUACCAGCAUUUGGACGGAUCACAAAGAAACAAGCAGGCUCGUGGAGGGCCGCGCGGCUGACUCACAGCACGCAGGGCGGGGGACCGCGAUGAAAGAUCUUCGUCCACCGCCGACGUCCUACCAAGAUCCGUGGCUGCAGCAGUGGCGGAAGUUGCGCGACUUCAAAACCCAGCUGGCGGAACACGAGAGUGGCGUUGUGGUUCUGUUUUUUCUCUUGUGCGGCUUCCUCGGAACCGUCGUGGGAGCGAUUUUGGUGUUCACCCGAGGAGGGUGCCCGGGCGGGUGCAAGGGUAGACGGAACAACACUCUAAACAAGGACUCUGUUUUUGCUGAUGGACGUGAUACCGAUGAUGGGGAAGAAGAUGGACCGGCAACAGUGGGAGCAGCAGCGUCUUCAGCUCUUUCAACCUCCAGAACAUUCAUCUCCGGCGCUAGCAUCUCGUCCUCAGCUUGCUACGACUCGACUCGUUGCGCCCGCCAUGAUUUCAUUGCCGGGAGCCACGACAGGAGCAUCGCGCCCAGCAGAGACAUCGCGCCACGAAAUGCUCGUAUUGCCAGUGCGUUAGAUGACCAGCAAGGCCCAAGUAGAACUAGAAGUAGUACAACUCCUUUCGCCUCGCUGCGAUACAGCGAGCUAGAUCUUCGGGUCGUUGGUUCCGCGUCAACGUACGGAACCCAGCUGCGUACCAGCGACACCAGCUUAGGAGCGACGGCAUCUUCAUCCUCCUCCACCGACCGGAAUAAAACGUUUACAGCAGUUCUUCAGGAUGCCUUUUCCUCCGCGAAGCUGUGGCGACAGCGGGCGAGUACGACCGUUUCUGAUGCUGUUUCUAUUCGCAAACUGUCCCUCUUCCGCCGGGAUGAAGACUUCGACGGGGGACUUGAAACUGAUCUUACUACUUCCUCGUCGGAGGAAGAAGAAGAAGACCUUCGCACGGAAGCAAUGGAAAGACCGUCCGACAGCCCACACCGCAGCAUGUUCAUGCAAGGUAGCGCUUCAAGCGCAGCACCAGCAUCACAGGCGUUUAGCGACCGCCAACAUCAAGAAGGCGCUGUGGUUGACGACGAAUGA